GGCGGCUCUGACCACAUCUCCUUCACCCUCCAAGCCCACGGCAAGGCAAGCGGGCCCAUUGGACAGCUCGACGAUGGCCAGAACAGGGUCGGCGGCGGCCUACCUAUGGGCCAGUACACGCUCAAGUACGGCUCGAAGGGUGGUGAGAUCGUCGACGGGAAGAACCGCGGAUGCAUCCUCACGCCGCCCACGACGCAGUUCCAGUGCGACCAGGGUGUUGGAGGUACUCCCGGCUUCGACAUCAGCUGCGACAAGAAGCUCCUCUACCAUGGCUCGCCCGAGUUCUCCGCCUGUCCCGUCAACGACCACGGCGAGUGGAACGUGUAUACGAAGCCAGCGCCUGGCCAGAAGAAGUGCAUCUCCAUCACACUGACCGCUCACGGGGACUUUCCAUCACCUCCUUCCUGCAACAAGCCAGCCCCGAAGCCAGCAACGCCAGCCGCGAAACCGUGCAAAUACAAAAUGCCUGAAGCGUGCCCGACCGAUCUGGAUGGCGAGUACGAAUUCCCGCAUCUGAUCAUCCCCGUCGACCAGGCGCAGCCCGAAAAGGCAUUCGGCAACCAGUUCAACGGCACCAUCACGGACAGCGUGUGCACGGCAUACAACUUCGACGUGCACCCGCGCUUCGCCGGCAAGGCCUGCUCGCUCGUCUUCCUCUUCCCGGAACAGCAGGAUCUCGAGACGUCUGCCUACGACUUCUCCGGCUCCGAUUCUAGCACGCUUGGGGUUUUCAUUCUGCACAAGCCAGUGGAGCAUAAUACGACAUGGAGCACUCUUCCCCGGAAGACGUUGGUCGCUAAGGAGCGCAUUUACCCCGGCAAGAAGAUGAACAUAAUCCAGAAGGAGUGCCCUGCGGGGUUGAGGGUGGGGGUCAUGCUGUGCGGGAAGGGCUUUUCACUCGAGUACUUCCAGGACUUCAACCCCAGCCCCAUCGGCCUGUACAUCCGGGCCUGCUAG